CGACUCCGGGGGUUGACUUUCGAUGGCCACAAUACUAUAUAUGAUUUACCCUCCGAAUGCAGCAAUUCAGAGUUCUGCAGGAGACACCGUAAGAACUCUUAUUCGGUGGGAGGAUCGAUUGGCACCAACGCCAUGUUACUUCCUGCCGUUUUGAGACGGUCUCCUUUUCACAUGGAGGAUGUGUAUGUGUCUUCCACAAAGUUGUUUGUCAGUUGUUUCACUCUCUUGCCGGCCGCAUCCACUUCAUAUCUCCGCCGUCAUAACUUCGGUCAAAAGCCAUGUCACCUGUUUCCUCGGUUAAUCUAUCGUUAUUGCUGGCGCGGAACUCAUGAUAUUGUCACUCGGUCAUAUCCGCUUUCAGUAAGUAGUCAUAUGCAAUCUCGUGCCGCUUGUAAAGACCAUGGGGCCGGGUUUGACAUUGUUUAGUUCAUCUGCGCUCCUUAGGGCCCCAAUCCAUGGGCUCACCUGGAUUUUAGAACAAGUAUAUUGCUCGAGCUAGUGGCGUCUUGCUUUGACCCAUUGAUCCUCUUCUUGGCCGAGUUAUUUGCUUUUGGCCCGAGGCUGUCCUGCAAACGC